AUGAAUAAUCACUGCUUAAUUGUUCGUUAUGGGGAAUUAUUUUUGAAGGGGAAAAACCGAAAUGUUUUCAUUCAAAAAUUAGUCGCUAAUAUUAUUUUAACUUUUCAAAAAAAUAAUCUUUUUAAUUUCAAAAUUAAGAAACUCCACGACCAAUUGAUAAUUACGAACCACAACGACAAUGAAUUGCCAAAAAUGGCCUCUUUUUUAAACCAAGUAUUUGGAAUUAGUGCCUUUUAUCUGGCCUAUCAACUAAAAAAUGAUCUAGAAGAACUUUACAAUUUUGUUGAGAAAAUUAAUGAUUAUUGCCAGAUUAAUUUUAAUACUUUCAAAUUUGACAUUAGAAGGAGCGACAAAAAUUUUCCAAAAAACUCCUUGACUUUACAAAAAGAAUUAGGGGGAAUUGUGGUUAGAAAGUGGGGCUUAAAAGUCAAUUUAAAUCAGCCGCAAAAAAUUUUUUAUAUCCGAAUUUACCAGAAUUUUAUCCUUUUUUUUGCUGAUAAAAUGAAAGGGUUAGGUGGCCUGCCGGUUGGCAGUUCCGGAAAGGUUUUAUUACUUUUAAGUGGGGGGAUAGAUUCUCCGGUGGCUGCUUAUCAACUAAUGAAGAGGGGCUGCGAAAUUGUUUAUUGCCAUUUUUACCAUCAAAAAGAGGGGCAAAAGAAAAUCUUAAUGCUGGGGGAAAAAUUAAGUCCUUACAAUAAUUAUGUUCAGGACAUUUAUUUAAUUAAUAUUAAACCUCUUUUCACCGAAAUUAGCCAUAUUAGCCAAAACAAAUACCGCCUAAUUAUUUUGAAAAGAAUGUUUAUUCGUUUGGCUUGUUCCUUAGCCCAAGAAUUAAAAACUGAUGCUAUUGCGACUGGUGACUCAUUAUCCCAAGUAGCUUCGCAGACCUUAGAAAGUUUAGCAGUGAUUCAGCAAGUUAGUUCGUUAAUUGUCCUUUGCCCUUUAAUUAGUUGGGACAAAAAAGAAAUAAUUGCUGCUGCCGAAAGUAUUGAGACUUAUGGUUUUUCUUUGCAGAAAUACGAAGACUGCUGCUCCUUAUUUGAACCUAAAAAUCCGAUAACCAAGCCCAAAAAAGAGGUAGUAGAAAAGUUAGAAAAAGAGAUUUUCUGGUCCGAAGUUUUGGAAGGCAUUAGGAAAAAUAGCCAAAGAUAUUUUCAAUUAGACAAAGACAAGAGUAAAAUUUAA